CCUGGAUAAACAUAGUGUUGGAUGCUAUACGCUGACUAUGGCUCAUACGCUCUCUUCAGAUGAGUACCUGGAGGUAGCGCGUGCUCAUUACAAAAAGUCGCGCUAUGAACAGGCGGCUCAGAACUUCACCCGUGCCAUUGAGCUUGCUGUUAUCCCACGUCUUGAAGCUCUCGAAGGCCGAUCCAAGAGUUUCGACAAGCUGGAGCGCUUUGUGGCUGCUUGCAAAGAUGGCCGCGAUAUGAUCAAACUCGAUGAGCGCGACAUCAGGGGAUACCUUCGAACAGGCACUGAACUCGAGAAGCUGAGUAAGCCAGAUAAAGCCGUUGGAAUUUAUGCAUUAGGCAUGAAAAAGGUCCCUGUUUAUAACAAGGACUUCAUGAUUCUGCAAGCAAGACACGACCGAUUAAUCCGCCAACUCUCUCCCGCACAUGCUAUCGACCCUUUUGUCAUUCUCCCCGUGGAACUGGUGGAUAUGGUGUUUGACUACAUGUCCUUUAAAGACAUGGUUUCCUGUCUCAGGGUCUGCAAGUUCUGGAAGAAAUUCUUGAUCAAUUCCACCAAGCGCUGGAUUCAUCUCGACUUCUCCGAAGCAUCCAGGAAGUGCCAAGUUAGUAGUAGAUUUGUCAGAAGUGCCCUAUUCCGCUCUCAGAACCAAGUCCAGAGCCUCGUCGUCAACCGCUUCGGGAGCUACGAUGUUCUUCGAACUAUGGCUACCUUAUGUAAGGGGCUCACAGAGAUCACACUUCUCUCCGGUGGGGCCACAUCCAAUUCCAUCAUAGAGUUCGCUCAAAUCGCAAUGAACCUCAAGAAGCUGAUUGUACACGUGGAUAUCUCGCUCGAUACCGUCACGCAAGUCCUCCGACGCCGUCCGACCCUAGUUCAUGCGGAAUUCCGGUCUAUCAUAUCUGCUCGUCUAGGGGCUGCCAACUGGAGUGAAACAUAUCCCCAACUCAACACCUUGCUGUUACACUGGGGCCCUGGCCACGUGAUACCCCCUCCUACUGGGAUUGAGGAUGUCUUCCUUCUGGUACCAUUGACACACCUCGUACUCAAACACGUCCACUUUACUACAUUCCCGCGUCUCCCUCCAAGCCUAGAGCAGCUAGUUUUCCAUCCCCUCCAGCUCAUGUCUCUGAAAGAUCCCGAAAAUGUGCUGGCAUCGCAUCUCCCAACUCUGACCUCCUUGUCUAUUGCAAAUUGUAUGGACCUAGAGCCUCGCUUCUUUUCAGACUUGCUCGACUACUACGUCCCCGAAAGCCAAGAGACGCCAAUUCCUGUGCCCUCCAGCUCGCUUCUCCAGGCAUUAUCCAUCAAAGACUCUCUCACUUCCAGCACAUUCUUCGGUUCCGAAGGCCUCUUGGCAUCCCCCCGUAUCACAAGCCCUGUAUUGCACACCCUCGACCUCUCCACGCAAUCAUGCACAGACGAUGAUGUCGAGAUGCUUGUCGCGCAACUCGCAGGCCUUGAGACCAUCAAUCUGAGUCAGACUAAGAUCACAGGCGCUGGGGUGAAGAUUUUGGUGGAUCAACUUCCGAAGUUGAGGGAGCUUAAUCUUGAUGACUGUGACCGCAUUUCAUCGCAGGAUGCAGCGAACUAUGCAAGGAAGAGGGGGAUAAGGGUUAGUCACAAGAUGCGACCAACUGUGAGGGUUGGUGGGAGGAGAGUUAGGUAUGGAUAG